CCCCACUAUUGACCCCACUAUUCGUUUCUCAUUCUGGACUUGCCACCUCGAAUUACUUCGUCGUUCAAAUUUACACAGGACUCUUUGGAUCUCAUAGAAAUUUCAUCUCAUUCGGAGACUCAGUCUUUACAAAGAUCCAACAAGCUUUCUCUCAACCGAUUAAGAAGCUAUAAAUACACAAUGGCACCUCCCUCAGCUACCAACGAUACUGUCGAAACUGGCGCAUCAGUCCCUACCAACGGCCACGACGAAGCAGGAACAGCAAUGCACGAGCCAGGAUUGACAAAGAAACAGGCAGAGAAACACGAAGUCAAGAUGGAAAUGCCAAAGUUCCGCCAAACAGACAAAGAUCCGUACAAAGAGCGAGAAUUUCAAAAAGGACGCUUGGCACUAGCAUUCAGAAUCUUUGCCAAGCUCGGAUUCGACGAGGGUGUUGCUGGACAUAUUACUUUGCGAGAUCCCGUCGAGCCCAACAGUUUCUGGGUAAACCCUUUCGGCGUCGCAUGGCCACUCCUCAAAGCCUCUGACCUAAUCCGUGUCAACCACGAAGGCAAAGUCGUCGAAGGCGGCCCGUGCCGGAUGCUCAACGCUGCAGCGUACAUGAUUCACCACGCCGUCCACACAGCUCGGCCGGAAAUCAACUGCGUCGCUCACUCUCACUCUAUCUACGGCCGAGCGUUCUGCUCCCUGGGUCGGAACCUCGAUAUCAUUACGCAAGACUCGUGUGCGUUCUACGACGAUAUCGCGCUUUAUACCUCGUUCCGUGGCAUUGUUCUGGCCGCAGAGGAGGGGCAGGCUAUUGCUGCGGCGCUGGGGGGCAGGAAGGCUGCUUUGCUGCAGAAUCAUGGGCUGCUUACUUGUGGGAAGAGUAUUGAGGCGGCGGUAUUUUGGUUCAUGAGUUUGGAGAAAUGCUGUCAUGCGCAGUUGUUGGCUGAUGCCGCCGCGGGAGGGAGGGGUGGCGAGACGGUCAAGAUUGAUGAGAAGGAUGCGGCGUAUACGUAUCAGGCGGUGGGGACCGAGCUGGCGGGGUGGUUUAGUGCCAAGCCUACUUUUGAUAUGAUGGAGCAUCAGGCGGGGGUGGAUUAUAAAUGGUGAGGAGAUGGAUUGCAAAGCAUGUUCAGAUUGUAUGUAUCUAUCAACUUAUACAUCCU